CACGCUCCCAUUAUCCGGCUCCCGCCGUGCCGGCCGUGCAUUAAUAGAUUACACAGAGGAUUUGGGCUCGCCGGCAGCGAGGGGAGCGCUCACGGGAGGCAGCGCGGCAAGGCCAGGGCGGCUCGGCGAGCCGGCGGGGACGGACGCAGCCCCCGCUCCCCACUAACACCUUUUCCAGCCGAGCCCCACAGAGCCCCCGGCUGCCACCAUGGACGAGUGGGACCUCCCGCAGUGGAAGAAGGAGGUGGAAAGCCUGAAGUACCAGCUGGCCUACAAGCGGGAGAUGUCCUCCAAGACAAUACCUGAGUUUGUGAAGUGGAUCGAGGACGGCAUUCCAGAAGAUCCCUUCCUCAACCCGGAGCUGAUGAAAAACAACCCCUGGGUGGAGAAAGGCAAAUGCACCGUCCUCUGAGGGGGCAGCCCCCUGCCCACGGGGGCUCCCGCCACCCCUCGCUCCCCCCACUGAAUGUACACUUUUUUAUUAGCUAGCGUCCUAAUAUGACUGCCUGAACAAAAACCCUACCCUCAUUGUGUCUUGUUAUUUUUAGU